CAUCCACUGGGCGAGAGAUAUGGUAAUUUUUCGAAAGAUAGAAUGGGGGUUCAGGGCUUAGGGUUUUGGCGAUGGCGAUCUCGCCCGCCUCGCUAUCCGCCCGUCGCCUCGUCUCCUACGUGCGAUUGAAGCAGCGGCGGUCGCAGGGCGCCAGAGCCGCGCGCCAGGCGCUCAAGCGCGAAUCCAUCGCCAAGGGCGCACCAGGUCUCAUUGGAAUCCAGGAGAAGUACAGCCUUCGUGAUCCGCGGCUGGUGUGGUACAAGGACGAGAACAGGAAGCCGUUCUAUAGGAACACGAAGGAGCACGGGCGAUGGCGGCAUUUGGCGUAUCCCCAGGAGGAAUUGGAGGAUCAAGUCAAGACGGAGGACGUGCAUUGGCUCACUGGGCUCGGAGCUCUCGAUCGAGUGAGGGUUGUGCUCGUUGGAUCACAGUCAGCUGGGAAUGUGGGAUCGGUGUGCCGCAUUGCUUCGAAUUUCGAGUGUAGACAAGUAUGGCUGGUGAGUCCAGAGUGUGAUUACUUCUCGGACGAAGCUCGUCAAAUGGCUGUCAAUCCUGUCGCGAAGUCCCUGCUGGAAGAUGUCAACGUUGUCAAGACUAUCCCAGAGGCUGUUGGCGAAUGCCUUAUGGCCAUCGGCUUCACCCGGCGUGACGGACGUGACAGAGUUGUAAACGAAGUGCCGUAUCCUAAGCUCUGCAUUCCAGCAAAGGGUCAAGCCAUUGCGCUAGUCUUUGGACGGGAGGACGACGGCUUGACAAACGAGGAGCUGUUAUAUUGCACUCACACUUGCCGCAUCCCAACUACCAAAUGGGAGGGGUCGCUAAAUGUGAGUCACGCCGUGGCGCUUGCUCUCUCAAAAAUGUUUAGUUCAUACGAGAGGCUUCGUCGUGUACACAAGGAGCCGGGGCCCGAGUACAAUGAGUUUCUUCCACCGCCAGGGACUGCUCCUCUUCGUGAGGUAGAUUUGCUACUAAGGCGAUGGAGAUCAGUGGUGAAGAACUGCAACGUUGCUGCGUCGUUGGUGUCAAAGCCCGAGUUCACGACGCGCCACCGUCUGCAACAACACCUCAAACGGAUCUUUCACAGGGCACGGCUGGCACAGCGAGAAGUGAACAUCAUCCACGGCUUCCUGACGCUGGUGGAUGGAAACGCGCACACCGUAGGGGACCUCUUCUCGGACCUGCAGGAGAAAAUGUCCGAGGGAGAGUCCGAGGAGGACUACGAGGAGUUUCUCAAGAAGGCCGAGGAGUGCAACAAGAAGCUGGAAGAAGAGAGGGGCUGGGACGAGUACGAUUACUCUGAAACCGACGAAGAGGAGAAGCGGGCCAUACAGGCGGAGCUUGAAAGCUACUAAAGUCUUGCUGUGUCGUCCCAUCUUUUUUAUUGCGAAGACAAACUCGAAAGAUAGAUUGUCUAGAUUGACUCA